AUGGGGCGCUUUGACGAGGCGCUAGCACUACUUGACGAAGAGCCAUCAAAUAAUAACUUGGAGACUUACAAAAAUUUUGUUAAAGUUAAAAAAGGGUAUAAUUUACUUCAAAAAGGUGGCUUCGGAAUGGAUAUCUCACAAGAAGAAAAUCGCAAAGUGUUGUCUGAGUUACAGCUUCGUGGCGUUCGAAAUUUGGCUUGUUCGAUGGAACCCUUUGAAAAAGUCUGUCUUUUGCUCAGCAAAGCCCACAAUCAUUUGGAGUCCCGAACUUGGCAUUACGAACUAUUGAUCGCAUAUCUUCGGGAAAAGCUUUCACUUGCUAAGAAGGAGCGUUCGAAAUUGAAAGCCGUCAUCAUAGCGACUUGGACUUUGCUUUUAUAUUCACAGGAGAUAGCAGCUUCUAAUGAUCAGGCAAAUCUGAUAUUGGCAAGAGAAGAUCCUCGCCACGCUACGUCGGAUUUGAUCGAAGAGUUGAAGCAAUUCUUGGACAUAAAUCAAGGUUUUCUCGACCCGGAGCUGGUCAUCGAGAUUCUUUUGAAGGCGGAUCUUGAUUCAGUCAGAAUGCAUUAUGCGGUCAUUCGGGGGGAAUUUGAGUAUAUUCUCACCUUCCAUCUAGAGAACGGAAAUUGGACAAGUGCUAUAGCGACAUUGAAGAAAGCGAUAGAUAGCGAGGGGAGCUCAGGUAGAGAACUUUUGUAUACAACGGCGCCAUUGUUGUUACAGAUCUGCCCGAAAGUGACGGUUGAUACCUGGGCUAAGACGUCGGGACUUCAGAUCCAGCGACUUCUUCCUGCGAUCCUUGAUUACGUCCGUAAACAUGAUCAUUUACCACUACCGGAGAACCAUGCUCUCAAUUUUCUCGCAGGUGUGAUUUAUGAUAGCAAUUGUGAAACUGCGAUAAACGCAUACCUCGCUCUCAUAGUGAGGUAUCCUGAUGACGAUCAACAGCGAGCAACUAAAGCUUUGCUUAAAGCCCUAAAUCAUCUUCGCGAUAGCAAAUCUGAAGCUACUUACGACAAGCAACUCAUACUUCGACUAGCCAUACAACAUGGGAAGUUGUGGCCCGCGGUUGUUAUCAUGAUAGAGGAUAUGCAGCUCUACGAGACAUCCUUGAAAUUUGCAUUAAAGCACAAGGAUGUCCGAUCAGCGGAGUAUAUUUUGCGAAAAUUUGAAAGAAACUUGACGGAAAGUGCUGAAUAUAAGAGACAAACGACUAGCGAGUUGCAGAUGUCAUUGAGCCACCUAUCAGACAAUGAUCAAAACAUGAGAAAGCGCCUAUGGCUUGUUUUUGCUCAAUUUGUCAUGAAACACUCUGCGGGUGAUUUCAUGUCGCUACAGAGUACUUAUUUUGAGAGGCAUCUUAAAAAUGGUUUUCCCAGAUUCGAAGAUCGCAUUCGUUAUCUCAUCGAGUAUGCAAAGGAGACAUCACAUUUCAAGUCUCCAUUGAAUGUGAAAGAUUUAAUUGCGCUUUUGCCAGAGCGAGUUGAGAUCUCGCAAUUAAAGGAGGAGAUCGUGGACUCACUCGAUAGCCAUAAUGACUCCAUUGCAUUAUUGACUAGUGAGAUGAAGGAGCUGGCUCUCAUUUCGUCAAAAUUAAGAGAGCAAAUUACUACAUUUCGUGAUGAGAAACGCAAUGGACAGAUUGGGGUUUUGGUAGAGGCCGGUGAAGCCUGUGCUCUUUGUUCGAAGCUACUUUUGGAGAAAAACAUCGUUGUUUUCGCUAACUCUGCUAUGGGAAAAACUCAAAAGAAGAACAGUAAAGGUCGUUUAGAUCGCUACUACUAUUUGGCAAAGGAAAAGGGUUACAGAGCUAGAUCUUCCUUCAAGCUUAUACAAAUUAAUGAGAAAUAUGGUCAUUUCUUGGAAAAGUCCAAAGUUGUGGUAGACUUGUGUGCUGCUCCUGGAUCGUGGUGUCAGGUAGCCUCCAACCUUUGUCCAAUGAACUCAUUGAUUGUCGGUGUGGAUAUCGUUCCGAUGAAACCUCUUCCUAAAUGCAUUCUAUUUCAAUCCGAUAUAACCACUGAAGAUUGCCGCUCAAAGCUUCGAGGACAUCUCAAGACGUGGAAAGUGGAUACAUUUCUACAUGACGGAGCUCCCAACGUGGGUUUGGGAUGGGUUCAAGAUGCGUUCACGCAAUCUCAGCUUGUCUUAAAAGCCCUCAAGCUAGCUGUCGAGCAUCUUAUUCAAGGCGGAACUUUUGUCACAAAGGUUUUUCGGUCAAAGGACUACAAUAAUUUGAUGUGGGUAUUCCAGCAGCUCUUUGAUAAAGUUGAAGCCACGAAGCCACCAGCCUCAAGAAAUGUUUCCGCUGAGAUCUUCGUUGUUUGCAAAGGUUUCAAAGCACCCAAAAAGUUAGACAAUAGAUUGCUUGACCUCACCGACGUUUUUGAAGAAAUUGGCAAACCAAAAGACAAUAAUGAGGCUAAAGUUUUCAACCCUGAGAAGCGAACAAGGAAAAGGGAGGGGUAUGAAGAGGGAAACAACAUUUUAUUUAAGGAAAUGGAUAUCCUUGAGUUCAUCAGAGAUGGCGAACCCAUCAACAAAUUGGGAGAAUUAAACAAAUUAACAAUCCCAACAAAAAAUUCGGAAUGGAGAAUGUUGUGCAAGCUAAAGCUUUGGUCGUCAGAACUCGAGGAAUGCGUGAGUGAUCUUAAAGUGUUGGGUAAAAAAGAAUUUAAACGAAUUCUCAAGUUUAGAAAAAACGCGAGGAAAGCGCUUCAACUCGAUAAUGCUCCUGAAAGCGACUCGGAAGAGAAGCCUGUUUUGACAGAGGAAGAGCAGAUUAGUCAGGAGUUGGCUUCGCUCACAGAAAAGCAGCGUCAAAGAAGAAAACGGGAGAAAAAAUCAGCUAAUGAAGUUAAACAGCGAGAACUCAAGCGUCUUCAAAUGAACAUGCUCACCGAUAUGUCGAUUGGUAUAGAUGCUGCCAAUAAUGCGUCUCAGUCUUUAUUUAACUUGAAAGCGGUCAAGAAUACUGGUGAAAUGGAAUCCAUAGCUGAUGGAAAGAAGACAAUGAUAUUGUCAGACAAAGGUCGUAAUGUGGAUACCUUGCUGGAUGACGAGGAAGCUGUGUCUCUGGACUCGGAGAAGGAGAAUGAUGAUCUUGAAGCUCAACUCAAUGCUUUACACAAUCAGUUUAAGCAAAGAAAGUUGGAAAGGAAUGCCAAUUAUCGGGCCAAGCUUAAUCGAGGCGAUUUAGAUGAGGAGAAGUGGGAUGGUAUAACCAGUGAAGUGGAUAGUGAUGAUUCAGAGAAUGACCAGUUGGUGAUGGAGAGUAAUAGUGAUUCUGAUGAUGAGGAUGAUGAAGCUAUUUCGAAAAUGAUGGAGAUGCGUAACUCUCAGUCGGCUUCUUUGUCUAAAGAAGCGCAUGCUUUUUAUGCGGUCAAUCCUCUUAUUGGCAAAAUUGACGACAGCACUCUUCUUUCCUCGCUUCAAACUACCGUACCCGGAACUCUGAAUGUGAUCGAGACCAAUCCAGAGUCUUCUGAAAAGAUCGAUUUCGAACUUGUCAAGGGGCAAUUUACCGACAACAAGGAGCGUGCGGAAGAUUUCGAUAUGAAAGAGAAGCAUGCGUCCACCGUCGAGUUAGAUACUGCUGAGGCCAUGACAUUGGCGCAUCAAGUAGCGCUUGGUCAGAAGAACAAGCAUGAUCUUGUUAACGAAGGAAUUCAUCGCUACUCAUUUAGAGACAAAGAUUCUCUUCCGGACUGGUUCAUCGAGGAUGAGAAGAGGCAUUCGAAGAUCAUCAAACCCAUUACUAAAGAAGCAGCAGCAGCGAUCAAAGAAAAGCAGAAGCAACUUAACUCACGACCAAUCAAAAAGAUUUUAGAAGCUCAGGGUCGGAAGAAAAUGCGUGCCAUCAAGAGGCUUGAGAAAAUCAAAAAGAAGAGUGACCUUAUUAACGAAGAUGCUGACAAAAGUGAACGUGAUAAGGCCGAUGAAAUUCAGCGCAUGAUGAGAAAGCUUUCCAAGAAGGAGGCAACUAGGCCUAAGCCGACACUUGUGGUCGCAAAGGGUCAUAAUCGUGGUCUUAGUGGCAGGCCCAAGGGAGUGAAGGGCAAAUAUAAAAUGGUGGAUGGUGUCAUGAAAAAUGAACAGAGAGCACUUAGGCGGAUUGCCAAAAAGCACAAAUAA